ACAUUUCUGCAUUAAUAAAUAUUUUCAGAGGACAAGGGACUAGGUAAAGGUUGCGCGGUGGUUAGCUACAUUUAUUGGAUUUAGUCAAACAGCAUGGCGAGCUAAUGUCGGGUUUCAUGCAGAAUAUGAUUUUGUUGUCUCAACUUUAACAAAGUGGACGUUUCUGCAGUGACUUGUUUGAGCCAGAAACUGAGGAUAAAAUGUCAGGAUCAAACCAAGGACAAGGGAGCGCGGUUGAUGUUCCGCUGCCGGAAUACCAAAACCAAGAAAAUAUGCUGUCCAGACUGAGGGGUCCAAUCAAAAACUGGGCAGACAACCAGGAGAACAUUGUCCCCAAAGCACCACAGAGAACAGUUCUGGGAGGUUUGCAAAACAACCAAUGCAGCAUUUCUCAAAACACAACACAGUUGCUGUCCUGCAAAAAUGAAAGUGAAGUACCUAAAAGUUAUGCAGAGAAGCUGGGCACCAAGCCGCCAGCUUUUCAGAUUCACCUGGAUGAGCCAGAUUCUGCUUUCUCCAGGAAAAGGGUGUCCCUCAAAGCCAAGCCUUCCGUAGAGAUGUACCCCCUGAAACUGAACCCCACAGUUACCUGUCUCAGGCAGCCUCUGGCCCCUCUUGACAUACCUGCCACAUGUGCGUCUAACAUGGAUCUUAGUUUUGGUGAUUGUCCCAUGGAUAUGUCAGUUACUGAAGGUGAAGAGAAGCCAGUGGACAUGAAUGUGGCAACAGAGUAUGCUUCAGAAAUACAUGAACAUCUCAGGGAAAUGGAGGUUAAGUUCAGACCAAAAGUAGGUUACAUGAAAAAGCAGCCAGACAUAACCUACAGUAUGCGGGCUACCCUUGUUGACUGGCUGGUGGAGGUUGGUGAGGAGUACAAGCUCCAGAACGAGACUCUAUACCUUGCUGUGAACUACAUUGACCGUUUCCUGUCUUCCAUGUCAGUCCUGCGGGGGAAGCUGCAGUUGGUCGGAACCGCCGCCAUGCUGUUGGCCUCGAAGUUUGAAGAGAUCUACCCCCCGGAGGUGGCAGAGUUCGUUUACAUCACGGAUGACACCUACACAAAAAAGCAAGUGUUGCGGAUGGAGCAUCUGUUGCUUAAAGUGCUCUCCUUUGAUCUGGCCUCUCCCACCAUCAACCAGUUUCUCACCCAGUACUAUCUCACCCAGCCUGUCAGCACGAAGGUGGAGAGCUUGUCAAGGUUCCUAGGGGAGCUCAGUCUAGUAGACUCCGACCCAUUCUUGAAGUACCUCCCCUCUCAGACUGCUGCUGCCGCCUUUGUUUUGGCAAACCACACUAUAACAGGAAGCUCAUGGUCCAAGUCUCUGGCAGAGGUGACUGGCAACUCUUUAGAAGACCUGAUGCCAUGCAUAGAGGAUCUGCACCAAAUGUACCUCAACGCUGCUACGCACGCACAGCAGUCAGUGAGGGAGAAGUACAAAGUUGCCAAGUACCAAGAGGUCUCUCUCAUUGAUCCCCCCAUGAAACUGUCUUUGAACUGAUUUUUUUGGUGCAUAUUUAUUUUUUACCUUGCGUGUUAUAUUGUCAGAAUUUCAAUAACUGAACUCAUGGCUGUGGUCUUGAGGAUGUGGACAACAUUUUAGAAUUUUUAAAUGUGCAUUUAUAUGUACAAUCCUAUAGGUUAAGGGUUAUUUGAUGCUUGAUGUAGCCCUGGGCUUUAAUGUCGUUAAUCAGGCAAUGUCAUGUUUCUUUUCUUACUAGACAAAUGUUCGCAGUGGUUUUUAAUUGCUUAAAAGCUGUAAAGAUUAGUCUCACUUUCUGCAUCUUUGUAAUAAAACUGCAGCUUAUUUUCCUUUCUGCCACUAAUACACUUGUGAAUAUUUCCUGACAAAUCUGACUAACCAUGGUUUGGUUUUCUAUGACAACUUUAUACUGUGAAAGUCUGUCUAUCUUAAGUCACUUGUCAUGUAAAUGUAUGUCUUGGCAUUCAUUGGUUAUCAAUUAAGGAUUCAUCUGCUCUGUAUAAUGUCUCUUGUAAAUAAAUUCCAUUCCCACAGA